AUGUUAAUUCCAAUAUUUCUCCACUUCAGCAUGGAUCUGUCAAAUGCCGUUCUGUUGAAACUAAUUAUUGAUGCAGGAACUCAAGUGGAUACUAUUUACAUAGAUUUCUCGAAGGCGUUAGACAGGCUCGACCACUAUAAAUUACCUGUCAAAUUAAGCUCUUGCGGUUAUGAGUCAGUAGAAAUUAACGUUACGUCCGGCGUACUAGAAGGAUCUGUUCUUGGGCCUCUAUUCUUCAAUCUUUUUGUAAAUGAUAUUACAGAUAAUUUAACUUCACCGGCAUUAUUGAAUGCUGACGACAUGAAAUUAUUUAGAAAAAUUACUAGAAGGGAAGAUCAAUUAAAAUUGCAAGCCGAUCUGAUGUUAGUUUGUGACAAAAAAAAAUUGUUAUUAGAGAUCUUGGAGUAA